AUGUCGCGCCCGCUAUCCAGCCACGGCUCCCAGGCGCAAACGAAUCCCUCUGCCGCCGCGAAAGCGCUGUCCCUGAAAGGCUGCUCGCAUCAGCUGUCCAGCGCCGCCCUCUUUGUGACCAACCUGCGCCUGCUCGACUUUGACCUUUGCGACGAUUGGCCCGAUAUUACUGUUCACACCUUCACGGCCAAGGACGCCCAGCAGAAUCAAAAGAAGCGCAUCCAAUGCACCGAGUGGGCUCUGUUCCGCCUGUUUGAGCUGUGGGAUAGAGAAGAGACGCGCGAGAAAUUAUCGCCCUUUUUUCCGCCUCUCGAGCCCCUCCAGUCGCUGAACCUGCGUGGCGCUCUCUACCGUUGCCUCAAUGACCUCAAGAAAAAUGGCGUGCUGGGUCGGGAGACGGUGCUACGGAAGACCAUGCUGGACGAGUGCAAAGGGGACAAGCUCAUGGAAACACUCGUCCUGUUCUCCACCGCUGUGCUGAAGAAGAAAAUGUCGAGCCGCAAAUCCAAGCGCAAGAACUUAACGGUCGCUCGCCAAUAUGCGACGGCCGCAAACCUAAGUCCCGACCAGCAAGCCUCGCUACUGCCACUCGUUAUCGCCCACAAAGCCGCACUCACCAAUACAUUGAGGGGGAGGGACGAUAUGCGGGAGAGGUACAUGGACUUUGGGGACUUGUUGGUUCAAAGUAGCCAUGAAGCUGUUCAGCGGAACGAGAAGUGUGGGGAAAUCCUUGAGACUCUCGAAGAAUCUGGGAAGGAUUUGCCGGACGCCACUUCUAUUAAGCGGAUUCUACAUGACAACUGGUUGGGAAACCCCGAAUGGCUUGAACUCAUGGUGCAAGGAGAGCAGGCGGAAGCCGACGACGGCCUUUUCCAAAGGCCGUUUGAGGAUAUCUGGGGACGAGUACAGCUUGGCCAGGAAGUUGAGGAAGAGACUCGUCAUCAUCAAAGUCUCUUACAAGAUUUGGAGGCGCGAGUGAAAGGUCAGGAGGACAGGCUGUCUCGUUGGAAGGCCUUUCAUGAGAAGAUUCAAGCCUCACGGCCCGAGGAACCUGCACCAAAAGUCUCAAAUACCAGGAGUGCAUCGUUGGACUUCAACUUCGACCGUCAUCAAGAUCUACGACUUGGUAAGACUGCCCCCCAUGGGCUUGAAGACGAAGAGUAUGCCGCUGUGUCCAAGCUGUCGGAAAGCUAUGGUUCCAUCCUGGCCAACAUGCGCGAAGACUUGGAGGUAGCUUCCAGGGUCAAAUCGAAUCGACCUGAACCAAAUUUCGUGCACAAACCCAAGCCGUCCAGCAUCCCGAUGCAGCCGGCAGGUCAGAGACGGUCUUUGGUAUCGCGACCGCGAGCCAGGCCGGAACAUACAGAACCGCCCUCGCCCGAACCCAAAAUACCGGCGAAGCCAUCAUUCAACAGACCAAACUCCCCGGACUGGUUUUCUCCGCUCAAGAAUUCGCAAGUCACGGCAACACAAUCAGAAUACGAAACGGAAGAACCGGUCAGAAGCCCCUCGCCCACACCAACUCGAUCCACCUUCGACAAUCGCAGCAUCCUCGAGCAGUACGCCUCAGAUCAUGAGGGUUCCGAGCCAAGGGCCGCAGACUCACCCCCGCCGCCUGAGGAGCUCGCCGAUGAGGGCCCAAUCCACGAGCCAGCAUCGCCCAUACACCACCGCCGCUCCCCCUCCCCACCCGCGCCCUCGCCAUCUCCACCACCAAACCACGAGGACCUUCUCGCCGAGCAGAUCCUCGCCGGCAUCGACGCCGCCAGCCCCUCUCCCGUCAAGCAGCAGCAGCAGCAGCAGCAAUCGUCGUACCUCACCCUCAUGGAGCGCACCCGCCUCACGAUGGAAGGCCACACCAGCUCACCCGCCAAACCCACGCCCGCACCCCGCGCCCUCGCGCCCGAAGAGCAGGCCAAGGCCGACGCCACGGCCGCCCUCAUCGAGCGCACGCGCCAGACCAUGCUGGCCAUGGCGCCGCAGCAGCCGCCCGCCAGCAGCAACCCGAAGAAGAACGCAAAGGGCCGCAACCGGUCGGGCAGCAGCAGCGCGAAGAACGGUAACGGGGGGAACGUCCGCGCGCGCAGGCGCGCCAGCCUCUUCCCGCCGAACCCGUGGGAGGACAAGCGCAAGUUCAACCCGCUGUUCGAGGAGUGGGCGGAGAAGGCGACGGCCAUGGAGCUGGAGGAGAAGGGGUUGGCGGUGCCCGCCGCCGCCGGCAGGGCGACGCCCAAGGAUAAGCUGUUCGAGGAGGAUGUGGACGAGUCGAGUGUGUUUAAGAGCAGGCCGAAGAUUGCGGCGAGUCCGUUGUUGGAGCCCGAGGAGGGCGGGGAUGGUGUGAGUGAGUUGGGUGGUGGCGGGAGUGAGUUGGAGUAUGAUGAUGCGAUGGAGGAAGAGGAGGAGGUGGACGAGGAGGACGAGGAGGAUGAGACGGUGGGGGCGUGGGAGAGUAGUCCGUUGAAAGGGAGGGAGAGGUAG